AUGAUACAGAAACAGGACUUGCUUUCAUUGAUAGAAGCAUGCAGAAGCGUGCGGCCGCUGAGGCAGCUCCAUGGCCUCAUGGUCGCCACCGCCCUCGUUCACGACGUCGUCCCCCUGAGCCGCCUCAUCGACUUCUGCGUCGACUCUCGACACAGGGACAUCGCCUACGCCCGCGCCCUCUUCGCCUGGGUUCCCGCGCCCACCGCCUACAUGUGGAACUCCAUGAUACGCGGCCUCUCCGACGGUGACGAGCCAGAGGCUGCUCUCGCCCUGUACGCCGACAUGCUUCGUCACGGCCGCUCCCCGGACCACUUCACGUUCCCCUUCGCGCUCAAAGCUUGCUCCCGGAUCCCCGACCCCUCGUUCGGCCGGUGCGUCCAUGGCCGCGUGGUGAAAGCUGGGUACGAAGCGGAUGUGUACGUUUCCAGCACUUUGAUCCACAUGUACGUCUCCUGCGGCGAUAUACCGUCGGCGACGUCGUUGUUCCGGAACGCCGUGAAUCGGAACAUCGUUACCUGGACAACGAUGAUCGCAGGUUACGCCGAGAACGAUCGGGCCGGCGAAGCAAUACGCCUGUUCAGCGAGAUGGAGCUCGAAGGCGUGGAGCCGAAUGAGAUUACCAUGGUGCAUGUCCUGGUGGCGUGUGCUCAGAGCAGGGAUCUGGAGACCGGAAGACGGAUCCAUGCUCGACUCCGUAGGGCGGGAGCGGAUUCAAUCACAUCCAACCUUGUUCUUGCCACGGCCCUUUUGGACAUGUACGCACGCUGUGGCAGCUUGAAAACCGCACGCCAUCUCUUCGACAAAAUGACUGUGAAGAAUGAGGUCUCUUGGAAUUCGAUGAUUAACGGAUAUAACCAGUACGGUCGGCCGAAUGAGGUGCUACAACUCUUCAAAGAGAUGCGCGACGCCGGCCUGAAACCAGACAAGGUCACCUUGCUGAGCUUGUUGGGUGCUUGUGCUGAUAUAGGAGCACUGCGUUUAGGCCAGGAGAUCCACGCGUGCGUGGAGAAGACGAUCGGCAGCGGGGAUGUCGCCGUUGGAACUUCCCUCGUGGACAUGUAUGCCAAGACCGGGGACGCACAAAGCGCGCUUCGAAUCUUUGCAAGUCUGGAAGGGAGGAAGGAUGUGAUGGCAUGGACCAGCAUGAUCCUGGGGCUGGCCACGCACGGUCACGGCAAGGAAGCCAUCGACCUGUUCGUAGAAAUGACGCAGCACGGCGUUGCUCCCGACGACAUUACCUUCGUAGGCGUGCUCACCGCCUGCAGCCAUGCAGGAAUGGUCGACGAAGGCCGCAAGUACUUGGAGGCCAUGGAGAAGCUUUACGGCAUGGAGCCGAGGAUGGAACACUACGGGUGCGUGGUGGACCUCUUGAGUCGAGCUGGGCGGUUAGCGGAGGCGGAGAGAAUAGUUCGGUCGAUGCCCAUCGAGCCGAGCAACACGAUCUGGAGCAGCAUGUUAAGCGGGUGUGACAUCCAUGGCGAUGUUGCGCUCGCAGAAAGGAUCGGAGAUCAGCUGGCCCAAUCCAAGCCUCAGGGCAGCGGGACGAGUGUGCUUAUCUCGAACAUCUACGCAGGUGCCGGAAGGUGGCAAGAGGUGGACAAGGCGAGAAGACUGAUGUGGAAGAAAGGGCUGAAGAAGACUCAUGGCUGCAGCUCCAUUUGAUUAAGCUCUUCUUCAAUGUCUCUCCAUAGGUGUCCAUGUAACAUCGAAGACUGAUACCACACCAUGACGGAUCGAAAGGUAAAAUGUACAGCAUGGAGAGGGCGACUUAGCUAAAGCCACCU